AUGGGAGACUUCACUUUCUACAGCUUCAUGGAGCCGAGCUACUCCGCCAUGCAGAUGGUACCCUACACGGAGGUGGAUCCUUCGUCGACCCAGCUGCAAGAUGGGCAGGUAGUGCCGACCAGCGGUGGGCGCUUUGGGGAUGCUGGCAAGGUGUAUUUCCAGCACGACACGAUACUUGAUGUAAACAGGUCCUUCAGCUUCAAGCUGGCGGAUGUGUAUUGCGUGGCACCGAUCAAGAACAAGCUUUGUCGCGAGCCGUGCGGCCAGGAUUUCUGGGCCGUCGGGAAGAACUGCUGUGCUGAGGAUGGCAGCAACUUCACCUGCGGCGAUGCAGGGAGUCGCCGGGCCAAAAGUGGCCUGAGGCUCAUGGAGAACACCGACGUUCCAUUCUACAGGCUCGCCGUGCUGCAGGCUGCGAGCAAGUUCAAGAUGAUCAGCCAGCACCCGGUCUUCUUCCACUGGCUAGAGGACAAGCUUCCAUCGCGAGGCCUUUGCACGCAUGUCUCUGUGAAUGCCUCCUGCUUCCAGGCGCUUUGCGUUGGCGAUGUUGGGAUUUUGAUCGACUUCGUAUUUGCGCGAACUGUUGUGGUUGCUGUGUUUAUUCUUGGUGUGAAACGGCAGCUUGCAGCCAGGCCAGACAUCACGGAUGAUGAGAUCAAGACCGCCUUCGGGACGUAUGGCAACGUCCUGGAACACCACAUCAUGAGAGGUAAGUCCACUUCCGGGCAGGCCUGCGCAUUCGUGGUCUACGACAGUAAACCGUCUGGCGACAGCGCCAUCAGCGGCAUGGACAAUGCGCUCACUUUGAGAGAGGGAGGGAACCCAAUCCGGGUGUCCUGGGCGAAGAAUCAGCGAGGUGGCGGUGGCUUCUCCGGAGGUGGAGGAGGCUGUGGUGGAGGCUUCGGCGGUAGCUGCGGAGGCGGUGGGUAUGGCGGCUGCGGAGCCUCCUAUGGUGGCUUCGGUGGUGGCUGUGGAGGCUGCGGCGGCUUCGGAGGCUGUGGCUGUGGUGGAUGCGGUGGCUGCGGUGGCUGUGGCUGUGGCGGCUGCGGCUUUGGAGGAUGCGGAGGCUGUGGCGGUUGUGGGGGUUGCGGUGGCUGUGGCCCUGGCGGCUGCGGCUGUGGCGGCUGCGGCUGUGGCGGCUGGGGUGGCGGCUGCGGUUGCGGCGGUGGCUGUGGCAAAGGAGGCCAGUGGCAAGGAGGUGGUGGCCAGUGGCAAGGGGGCGACGGUGCUGUGGCCAAAGCGAAGCUUUUCGUCGGGAAUCUCCCGCCGGACAUCACACCUGAGGUUCUGACACAAGUCUUUGGAACUUAUGGCAAUGUCGUCAACGUCCACGUCAUGGCCGGCAAGUCCAAGAGCGGUCAGAGCUGUGCCUUUGUCGAGUACUCCAACACCACAGAAGCAGAAACUGCCGUUCUGACGCUUCAUGAGAAGUAUGAGAUUCGCCCAGGAGAUGGGCACAUCCUCGUGAAAUUUGCGCAGUCUGGCAGUGCUCGCCCGGGCCCGUAUUAG